GCAGCCUGUGCCGUCCCUUCCAGUGACUCGAAGCUCACUUUUUUUGCUCACCCCCAUCGAUUGUGGGGCGGCUGCUGGGUGGCCCUCUGCGCUCCGUGGGCCUGGAAGGAGAACAGCCAUGGAGCUGUGGACUUAAGCGACAGACUUUCUCUAACUGUCUCUGUUGUGGAAACCCAGUUCUGAACUGAAGACAAUGUCUUCCAUGUUCAGCAAGCCUCGGAUGGCCCCCUGCGUGACUGAGCGCCACCUCCACAGCCUGUUCCCAGAAUGCAAUGUGGCCAUUUUAGGAUGUCGAGGAUCUGGAAAAUCAGCUCUGACAGUGAAAUUUCUGACCAAGAGGUUUAUAAGUGAAUACGAUCCUAACCUGGAGGACACUUACGCUUCAGAAGAGGUGGUUGACCACCAGCCAGUCCUGCUAAAGGUGAUGGAUACAGCUGAUCAGGAUGAACCAGUGAGCUGCGAGAGGUACCUGAACUGGGCCCAUGCCUUUAUGGUAGUCUACAGCAUCGACAACCAGAAGAGCUUUGAGGGCUGCCAACAGUAUCUGGAUAUCCUCACGCUUCACUCGAAAAAUGCCCAACAUGAAUCCCCUGUUCUCCUUGUGGGAAACAAGCUGGACAUGGAACAAUACAGGCAGAUCACCAAGGCCGAGGGGACAUCUCUUGCUACCAAGUAUGGCUGCUUGUUCUACGAAGUCUCGGCCUGCCUGGAUUUUGAAUCUGUGCAGCACAUUUUCCACGAGGCCGUGCGGGAAGUGAGGCGGGAGAUGGAAAGGCACGUGGCUGUCCGUCCUUUGUUCAUCAUUGAAGAGAAGCCGCCACUCCACUUCCUUCCGCCGGCCACCGUGGCCUCCAAGCACGGCUUGGCCAGCUGCGCCUACAACACGCUUUCCACAGUCAACUACAAGGAAAUCCCUUCGGUGGCCCAAGCCAAGCUGGUGACCGUGAAAUCCUCACGGGCUCAGAGCAAGAGGAAGGCUCCAACGUUGACUUUGCUGAAAGGCUUUAAGAUAUUUUGAAGCGGGCUUACAAAGUCACAUGACAGACAAGAGGGAAAACGAGCACGAGUGACUGAGAGCGAUUUGGCAGCCAUUUUAAAGGCGGACAUUUUGUAGGCCUGUGUGGCCUCGGUCUUGCAGCAAAGCAUGCUGGGAGAAACAGUGGACUGGACUGUGAGGAAACCAUAGAUGAAAGGGCACCAGAGACCCUCUAUGUCAAACAGCUGUUUUCUCUCUACCGGCCACAUUUUGAUAUGUCACCGUCGCCAUUUAAUGUUCAAAACAAUCUUGAUAGAUGAGGUUUGCCCAAGUCAUCUGGUGAUCUGAUGGGAGAUUUGAAAGGCCAGUCCACUUCUGGACCGAUCCUCAGUUUCUUGCAUCUUAGCUAGCAGUGGGAUUUGUACAUUCCCACCCCCGCCUCCGAACCAUCUGCUACGGGGAAACUAAACCUGGUUGUCUUUGUUCGUUGUGACAUGAUGUGUUGCCACAGGUUGAGAGAGGGAGUCUGCAAAUCUCUUUGCCAGGUGAAUGAGAUUUGGACUGAGCUUCUGUUCAGGGUAUUUAGCCUGGGUGUGGCAAACCAGUGGGGCAAGCUGAAGGGCAACUGUGCCCUUGCCCCUUAGCUCUUAACCCAUGGCUCAUUGCCCGAGGCCCUGAGUGAGCCAGAGAAACUAGGAGCAGCCCAGGAUGCUGAAACAGGGUACUGCCUCCGUUUCCAUUGGGUUGUUUUAAGUUGGGAUUUUUUUUGCAUUUUAAAAACCACAUGGAGUUCCCAGGUGGGGAGAAGAGCAGAGUUUGAACACCCAAAUUAAUAAAUAAACAAGGGUUGCCCCAGCUGCUGUUGGGACAAUGCCAUGCUUGCUGGUAUGCGUGCCACCAGAUUAACUGGCAAAUGUUCAUACUGGGCAGCUGCUGGGAUCUUGUGAGGCAGCGGCAGCCUGGCAGAACUCCACCCUGCCAUGAAAGCUGAACUGGUGGUCUAGGAAAGACUGUUCACCUCCAGCAGGUUGCAGAAGAGAACUAGCCAGGCCAGACUAGAAGGAAUCGCUGAAACACUGAAUAGGGUCCCCCAGGUCUUGUGACAUCCCAGGCCCUGUAAGAGAAUCCCGGGCAGAUUUCUUUCUUCAGUCCCUCCCAGGGCCAAGCUACACAUGACGAAUGACACUUGAACGGCAAGUGGAUUGAGUGGAGGGCAAGUGAACAGGGAGAAAUACACUUGCCAUUCAAGUGUCAUUCGUCAUGUGUAGCUUGGCCCUCAGAGCCAAGCUACAAGUGACGAAUUACACUUGCCUGG